AUUUUUGUUAUGCAACGUUAACCUCAAAAUUUGCACUGCAGAGUAAAAAAAUUACCACAAAAUGCCUAAACAAAUUCGAAUGCACGAUGUAAACCCGUUUCUACAAAAGGUCAGAGAUUUCCUAUUAGGUAGAAAACUCACUCUGGCACUCAGGUUUCCGGACGCUCUGUCAUCGAGGUCUCCACCACCCCCGAAUCUACCAGAUGGGCCCCAUCACAAAAUAGCUGCCAACUACUAUUACACGAGAGAUGCCCGGCGCGACGUCGCCCCUCCAGACGUGAUAAUACCUGCUCCCAAGCAAAUUGAGGCUGGCAAAGAGUCUGGUGCAAAAAGGAUCACUCCCGGGAAAGUUUAUCAGUGGGAUUGAAGGCCCACUGCAGAAAAUAUAGUGUUGUAGAAAGAUAAUAACAUACUUAAGGUAAUAAAAAAAUAGGCACCAAAAAAUUCGUUUUUAUGAGAAAGCUGAUAUACACAGAUUGUUGUAUUAUAUAUAUAUUGUUUGAACUGUUGUUCUAAUUUUGUCAAAAUACAUACCAUGGUUCAUUCA